AUGAGUAUUUCCUCUGCUGCCCAACAAGCCCCAUUGACCACGUCUAGGUCAGACUGUUCAUUUGAUGACCCUGAAAUUGUCCCAGGUCAUCGUGCGCUUGAUGACCAGGACAUGAAAUUUGCCAUGGCAGAUACUUUACCCUUACCAGAUACUUCCAAGCAUUCUGAGCGCAGAGCCCAGCGUUCGAUGCCUGGUGUAUCACCAAAGCCACCAAGAUCUGCCUCACCUAGUGGCUAUAUAAAUAAAUUUAAAAUUGAACCCGAUCAAACGCUUUGGCAAAGUCAUUCAAUGUUUUUCCCCCCUAUUGAUUCAUGGAAUAAUCCCUUUUCUACACCUGUUUGGGAAAAUUCUACAGUGGGUGAGCCUUCCCAAGCUCCCCCAGUUUCUUUGUAUUCAGGGGAGAAAUACCCAUGUGGUGAGCUCGCAAGAGCUCCCACUUUUCGAAAACAUGCAGGGAGGACAAAUCCGUGGGGUGAGCCUUCCCAAGCUCCCCUAAGCCAAGGGCGUUUAAAGAGGGAAUCAUCGCAGGAUGAGCCUUCCCAAGCUCCUCUCGUUUCUAGGUAUACUGGGGAGAAAUACCCCCGUGGUGAGCUCGAAAGAGCUCCCAGUUCUCAAACAUACCCAGGGGAAGCCAAUUCAUGGGGCGAGCCUUCUCAAGCUCCCCUAAGCCAAGGGCGUUUACAGAGGGAAUCAUCGCAGGGUGAGCCUUCCCAAGCUCCCCUCGUUUCUAGGUAUUCUGGGGAGAAAUACCCCCGUGGUGAGCUCGAAAGAGCUCCCAGUUCUCAAACAUACCCAGGGGAAGCCAAUUCAUGGGGUGAGCCUUCUCAAGCUCCCCUAGGCCAAGGGCGUUUAAAGAGGGAAUCAUUGCAGGGUGAGCCUUCCCAAGCUCCCCUCGUUUCUAGGUAUACUGGGGAGAAAUACCCCUGUGGUGGGCUCGAAAGAGCUCCCAGUUCUCAAACAUACCCAGGGGAAGCCAAUUCAUGGGGCGAGCCUUCUCAAGCUCUCCUUAGCCAAGGGCGUUUAAAGAAGGAAUCAUUGCAGGGUGAGCCUUCCCAAGCUCCCCUCGUCUCUAGGUAUACUGGGGAGAAAUACCCCCGUGGUGAGCUCGAAAGAGCUCCCAGUUCUCAAACAUACCCAGGGGAAGCCAAUUCAUGGGGUGAGCCUUCUCAAGCUCCCCGUAGUCAAGGGCGUUUACAGAGGGAAUCAUCGGAGGGUGAGCCUUCCCAAGCUCGCCUCGUUUCUAGAUAUACUGGGGAGAAAUACCCCUGUGGUGAGCUCGAAAGAGCUCCCACUUCUCAAACAUACCCAGGGGAAGCCAAUUCAUGGGGUGAGCCUUCUCAAGCUCCCCUAAGCCAAGGGCGUUUACAGAGGGAAUCAUCGGAGGGUGAGCCUUCCCAAGCUCGCCUCGUUUCUAGAUAUACUGGGGAGAAAUACCCCCGUGGUGAGCUCGAAAGAGCUCCCACUUCUCAAACAUACCCAGAGAAAGCCAAUUCAUCGGGUGAGCCUUCUCAAGCUCCCCUAAACCAAGAGCAUUUUAAGGGGGAAUUUUCGCAGGGUGAGCCUUUCCAAGCUCCCCUGGGCUUGAUGCAUCCUGGAAAGAAGCACCCAAGUGGUAAGCCCGCAAGAACUCUCACUUUUCAAAAACACCCAGGGGGGACAAAUCCGUGGGAUGAGCCUUCCCGAGCUUCCCCAAGCCCAUUGCCUCAUGGGGAAAUAUACUCGAGGAGGGAGUUCAAUGGAGCUCCCCUGCAUCUAAGGCACACGGGGAGGGAAUAUGCAAGGGGCGAGCUCUCACGAGUUCCCCUUAGUCAAUUGCAUCAUGGUGAUUAUUAUCUCAGGGGUGAGCUCUCUAAAGCUCCCCUAAGCCCAAGGCACUCUUUUUGGGGAAAAAUCCAGAGUGAGCUCUCCGGAGCUCCCCUCAGCCCAAUGCACACUGGGAGGGAAUAUGCAAGGGAUGAGUUCUCUGGAGCUCCCCUAUGUUCAAGAUAUACUGGGAGGGAAUCCGAUACCAUGUCAUGGGUAUCUGAUCAACAGUCCAGAUCCAGUAUAACUCCCAGAUCUAAGGGGCAUCUUAAGUCUAGACCUAUGCCCUUCAAUCACCAUUCCCCAUUUCUCCGCACACAAAGAGGCAGGAAUCCCAUAACCUAG